CAGAGUCUGAAGCUUAAAUUUGACAAUUAAUAGUGUGAUUUCCUCCAUAUAAAGAAGCUUACUUCAGUCACGGGGGUGGCCUGUGUCCGUGACUGCCAGUCUUGCAGAAAAGUGCAGCAUGGUCUGAGCAAAAGCUAGUGCUUCCGGGUGGUGACAAAAUGCAGUAGCACCUUUUUUCCACUCACAGUUUCCACACAUUCUGUUAUUUAAAAAAAAAAAUGCAAAAGUUGUCCAGCCUUUGUGAUUAACAAAAGGAACAAUGUCUUAAAGGAAAAACAGUUAUGAGAAGCUGUUAUACAUAAUUUUAAUAACUCAGAACCCUGGGGGGGUUUGGUUGGUUGGUUGUUGUUGUCGUUGUUGCUGCUGUUGACUUUAUUUAACAAGGAACACACUUUUUUUUUUCUGUGGUUUCAACACACCGGGACAGCAGCAUCAGUGUCUGGGUGACAGCACAGCGAGAUCUCCACAUUACCGGGGCUGUACAUGGAAGUGGGCUUGAACUGCUGCUUGAAGGUGGAAUAACAGAAUAAUCAGGAAGGAAAGGAAACACAGAAUUAAUGUUACCUCGCUUCAGCACAGCCCUCGGCGAGCUGGGGCGGCUGGCGCUGGAGCAGCUGCGGCGGGGAGCGGCACCGCGGGCCUGCGAGACCGCCGCCAGAAAGCUGAACAUUGGUGUAGACAUCAUUGAGCACGGGGUAGAAGGACUAGUUUAUCUUCUUACUGAGAGUUCCAAGCUUAUGAUUUCUGAGGUUGACUUCCAAGAUUCCAUUCAUGUUUUGGGAUUCUCAGAUGAAUUGAACAAAUCCUUGCUUCAGCUGUACCUUGACAACAGGAAAGAGAUCAGGAGCAUUCUUGGAGAGCUGGCACCAAGGCUUCCCAGCUACCACAGUCUGGAGUGGAGACUGGAUGUGCAGCUUGCAAGCAGAAGUUUGAGACAACAGAUCAAGCCUGCUGUGACUAUGAAGCUACAUCUUAACCAAAAUGAAGAUCAAACUGCCCAGGUGUUGCAAACUGACCCUGCUACCCUUCUCCACCUUAUCCAGCAACUGGAGCAAGCAUUAGGGGAGAUGAAGAUGAACCACUGCAGAAGAAUAGUGCGCAACAUGAAAUAACCUUGAUUCCUCUCUGCUCUCUUACUAAGCAGUUUGUAAAACUACUCAAAACACUGCUCACAAAUAUAUUUUGAGGCAAAAUAAACAUCUGGGUCAGAUGAACUACUUUCUGUGCCAGGAUCUUGAGCCAGUAUUUACUGGCUAAAUGUCCUUGGCUGCCAGCUUUGCACAUCUUUAUGUGGUGACCUUUUUCACAUAAUCAUAUUCAUAUAUAAUACAUGGUAAUUAAAUGUGAUCGAAUAUUA